AUGACCAUAGAGCACCCCCGCAUUCUCUUCGUAGAUUCAUACGAUUCCUUUACUUUCAACCUCGCUUCACUAUGCAGACGGUCCAUACCUAAUUGCUCAAUCUACAUAAUCAAGAACGAUGAUCUGACAAUAACUCAGCUGAUACCCUACCUGUCACUCUUUUCUGCAAUCAUCGUCGGUCCUGGCCCAGGAUCACCGGGCAAUCCCCAUGAUAUCGGAAUAGUCAAGGAUUUGUGGAAGGUCCCAGGUGCCCACCUUCUCCCCAUCUUCGGCGUUUGUCUUGGGCUCCAGAGUCUAGCGUUGGAACAUGGUGCAGAGCUGUGUCGAUUGAAGGUAGUCAAGCAUGGUCAAGUCUCGACGAUUCAUCACACCGGAGAGGAUAUAUUUGCUGCGGUGGAAAGCGUACACGCCGUUCGAUAUCAUUCACUCCACGUCAAACUUUGCGAGGAUGGUGAUAUCGAAGAACUCGGCUGGGCAGAUGAUGGGGAAGAGAACGGCAGAGUAGUGAUGGGCAUCAAGCAUAAAUCCAAACCCUUUUGGGCCGUUCAAUAUCACCCCGAAUCAGUGUGCACAGAUGGUGGAGGGUACGACGUGUUGUGUAAUUUCUGGCGAUUGGCUCAGGAAUGGUCGAGAAAGGUUGGCAGAGUGCCGACACCUUGGGAACCGUCCGUCCGUCAGUUUGUAGGUCCUUCUUGGCCAAAUAUCAACCCACAUUCCGCACCACCAUCCCCUACUCAACGACCUGCCGUGACAACGAAAGUACUUAAAUUAGCCAGCGUCAGCAUCACUAGAAUCUGCGAGAUCUUGGGCGUCGACAACGAGAGCAAACGGUUCGCGUUGCUCGAUUCAGCCGCCAAACCUGGACGGUAUUCCAUCAUCGCAUCCUUGAUGCCCUCUUCUCCCCAGAUUACCUAUUACGUCGGCGAUCAUUGGUUAACUAUGUCGACCGAAUCGCGGAGUGUUCGCCAUGAAUUAACUCACCAUACAAUCUGGACUUGGCUCGCAUCCUUCAUUCGCCGACGUAGGGCCCACGGCGGCUCUCCCGAUAUCCCGUUUUGGGGUGGCUUGAUUGGCUACCUCAGUUACGAACUCGGCGUCAGCUCUCUCAACGUUCCCUUGAAGGUAUCUGAACGGCGGCAUCCAGACGUCAAUAUGGUUUUUGUCGAACGCAGCAUUGUAUACGAUAACCAGACUGGGCAAACGCAUAUUCAAUCGCUGCUUCCUGACGAUCAAGGUUGGAUUGCGGACAUCUCUUCUCAGCUGGAAAUCGUGUUGCAAGAUGCUGAGGUGCCUUCCCCUACAAUGAUUCCAACUGCGAAGUCGGUAGUCCUACCGGACAAAUCCCUCUACAUAUCUCGUAUCAAUAAAGCCAAGGAUUCCCUCUUUUCAGGCGACUCUUACGAAUUAUGCCUUACCGCUCCUACACGAAUCACCAUUCCAGCAUCCCCGUCCCCUACGUCUACGUCAUGGCAGCGAUACAAACAGCUGCGAAAGAACAACCCAGCACCCCAUUCCGCAUACCUUCGAUUGCAUCCCUCCACCCUUCUCUCCUCUUCUCCUGAGCGUUUCCUCUCAUAUUCGCGUCCACCUGGAACAGUUUGCCAAUUGCGUCCUAUUAAAGGCACAGUACGCAAGUCCCCAACAAUCACUCGCGCUAUAGCGGAGAAAGCCCUGGCUGGUAGCAAGAAGGAAGUCGCAGAGAACCUGAUGAUUGUCGAUUUGAUACGGCACGACCUGCACAGUGUCGUCGGAGAGGACGUGGCUGUCACCCAGUUCUGCAAGGUCGAGGAAUACGAAACUGUAUGGCAGCUAGUCAGUGUUAUUGAGGGCAGACUACCUGAAGGGUCGAGCGGCGACGUCGAUCUGGCUGCCGAGUUAGGAUGGGACGUACUCAGCAAAAGUUUACCUCCUGGUAGUAUGACAGGUGCACCGAAGAAGCGCAGUGUGGAAAUUCUACAGACAUUAGAAGACAGCCCGAGAACCAUUUAUUCCGGGGUCUUUGGUUACUGGUGUGUCAGCGGGGCUGGGGACUGGUCGGUGACUAUACGCAGCUGCUUCAAGUUCCAGGACACGCAGACGUCGUCGUCGUCGUCGUCAAGUGAUUCCUUUACGCCAGGGGACAGUCGGGAUGAAGAGUGGCAAGUUGGUGCAGGAGGCGCCAUUACCGCGCUCUCCGAUGCCGAUGACGAAUGGGAGGAAAUGGUUAUCAAGCUGCAUAGCGUUCUAAAGUCUUGGGAUUAA